AUUUAAACAAACUCUCCCCUUGCAGUUGGCCUGCACCUUUCCAAGCCUCUCCACAAGCAACACUAACCGAAGCCUUCUCCCUUAAACAUAACAGAGAGGUUGGUGAGAGGAAGGCUCAAUCCCUAGAGAGCACCAUUGACUCGAUCCUCAAGGAUCUUUUUUGUUUUUGUUUUUUUUUUCCGCCACUUCCUCUUUUUUACGCUUUUGGCGAUGGGCCGGAGACCAUGCUGCGAUAAGCUCGGAGUGAAGAAGGGGCCGUGGACCGCGGAGGAGGACGAGAAGCUGGUUGGGUUCAUGAUGAGUGAGAACAGCGGGCAUUGUUCCUGGAGGAUGGUGCCAAAGCUUGCGGGGCUGAGGAGAUGCGGGAAGAGUUGUAGGCUGAGAUGGACUAAUUAUCUUAGGCCUGAUUUGAAGAGGGGUUUGCUUAGUGAGCUUGAGGAGCAACUUGUUAUUGACCUUCACUCUCGCUUGGGCAACAGGUGGUCUCAGAUAGCUGCCAAAUUACCGGGAAGAACAGACAACGAGAUAAAGAACCACUGGAACACCAACAUAAAAAAGAAGCUCAUAAAGAUGGGAAUCGAUCCCAUCACCCAUCAGCCUCUCAUCAAGCAAGAAUCCAUCAAAACGACAAACUCUACAGAAGUUGAGGCCCCCGCUGAAGCUCAAACUAGCUCCUCAGAAAACACGUGCCAGGUUGAAAACUGCUCCAACUCUGAAAAUAACAGUUCAGACUUGCUCGCAAGCUCCAUAUGGGAAGUGGGCUUGCAGUUCGAAGACGCAUCGUACGGGAAGUGGGCUUCCCCGUGGGAUGACAGCUGUGAUUGGUUAACAGACUACCAGGAACUUGGAACGGUGGAUUUUGGAAAGGAUUCACUUUAAUUAAGGCCAGUCACCGUGAAAUGUGUAACAUAUUAUUGGUAAGUUUGUGAGAUAAAUAAAACAGCCGAACAAUUGGAGUUGAGGCUCCUCCUACCAGUGAGGAGGGGAGAAUUAUAGGUAUGCGGUUGGUCAGUCCUCUGUACGUGUAUAGCUUGUCAUCCGCCACUCAAAAUGGGUGUGUACUGUAAAAAUUAAAUUGUAAAGUUGUAACAUACGGAACUGUUGUAUUUGUAAGAAGAAAUAUUGUGGG